AGAACUGGUGUUAUGUACUAACACUCGACAUACAAUACUCAUUUAGUCAAUACAACGUUUAUGUUUGCGUACUUCUGAAAUACAACGUUAACAGAUGUUAUGAGAAUAGCUGAUUACAGUAAAAUAAACAUAAAAACUGAUAUAAAUACCUAAAACUAACAAAUGUUCAGUGCUGUUUCUGAUUUUUUCUGUCAAGUUGUUUUUUAGUGUUACAGGUAUUUCACAAUAGAUAAACGAAAAAAUGAUGUGGAAAAUUAUAUUUGUGUUGCCAUGUUUUACCGUUUUAGUGAACGCUGUUGGAAAUCAUGAAGAGGGUUCUACAUCAACCGAAGGCCCGACACAAAAUCCAAAUAUUAGAGAAUGGGUGAAUUCAUUAGUAGUAAUAAACAUUUCAGAUUGGUCUACUUUGUCAACUGGACCAAGCAAAAAUCAAAAAGAUUUGGCAAGGGACGCAUUGAAAAAUAGUGGAUGUCCAACUGAUAUUGUGGAAGUUCUUCUUUUAAACAGUUAUAUAUUUAAUUGGCCUGAUCAUUUUAAAGAAAAAAAUCCAAAUAGAUAUACAACGACUUUUCAUUUAAAACUCUUGACUUGUAGACGUAUUCCAGGAGCACCAGUAGUAUACGUGUCUCAUAUUGAUAACAUAUGGGUGCCUAAGCCAGGACUUUUAUUCGUUUUCGAUAAACUUGAAUGAAUCGUAGAUUCUGAUUAAAAUCUGGCUGGCAGGAUUUAAUUUCACCAUUAAAAAAACCAUAAAUUUAAAAAAAAUUAUACUCAUAAUGAAAACAAAAUCUAAAUGUGUUAAAGAAUAGUAAAAUUUUAGUUAAAUUAUAAAUGAUUUUGUAAACCUAAUUUGUUUACACACCUAUCACAUAAAACAUACUACGAUUAUCUAAAAAUUGUAUUUGUUUUUACUAACGGAAUUAAAUAAAAUGA